AUGGCAGGCAGCAACAGUGGAUACCAGUGGUAUCAGACAGAAUCGACUGUUUGUGUUUUGAUUCCGCGUAAAGGCGCCGACCCAUCAGCCCUCCGAGUCGCCUUCUCCGAACAGAUAGUCGAAAUCUUUAUCAAUGAUGAGCUUUCUUUGCAGCUUAAUUUGGCUCAAAAAAUUGACCCCCAAAGAUCACUUUAUAAAACCACAACCAUGAAUAUUGAACUAAAAAUGGCCAAGCUUACGAGCUCUUCCUGGAGUUGCUUAGAGGGUGUACCUCCGUCAAAUCAAGCUGAAGGUGAGCCGAAAAAGCAUGGUAAAUCAUACAAGGAUUGGGAUGCGGUGGCAAAAGAAGCAGAUGAGAUAGAAGAAGGAGACCCCUUGAACAGUCUUUUUCAGAAAAUUUUCAAAGAUGCUGAUGAUGACACCAGGCGUGCCAUGAUCAAAAGCUUUGUAAGUCCUGCUUUUGCCACCGGUUAA